AUGUACCAAGACAUUUUGGUUGUUUGCCUACUAGCUAUUGCUGCUGGCUUCCUGUUCGGCAUCAUAACAUCGCAGCGCUGUUUGCGUCGGGCAACCAACCGCCUGCCAGAGGGCCCUUGGGGCUACCCUUUACUAGGAAUGCGAGCGUUCUUGCCCCACUCGCUAUGGGCCCAAAAAUACGGAUCGCUUUAUUUCUUUACAGUCGGCAAUCAGCGAUUCGUCGUAGUAUCAGAUUCUGAGAUUGCGAAAUAUCUCUUUCUCAAAAACGGGUUUAUCUGUUCGAUCGCAAAGAAAUAUUCGUCAAGAGCCAGACAAUUCUCAAGGGCAGAGGCAUCGCAUACACUUCGUACGGAAACAUGUGCCCUUUCGCACGACUUCAUGAAUAUGACUGGCCCCAUGUCUAAUCUAGUUGACUUUCUACCUACAUGGUUGCAGGAAGGCUUACCUUGGGAAAUGAAGCGCCGCGCAAAUGAACUAAAUACCGCACUCAUGGAAACCUACGGCCAGGAAGUUAGGCGUGUUGAGCGCGAUAUGAAGAACGACGUGCAUGUCGAGGAUUGCUUGGUAAAGACCAUGAUCACGAGGAGAGAAAAAGACAAAUUGGAUGAUAUAGACAUAGCGACGCUAGCCUCAGCGUUCAUGCUAGAGAGCGUAGAUGCGACUGGUUCAAUUAUACAGUGGUUCACCGCGCUAAUUUCCACUCACACUCACGUACAACGCAGGGCUCAUGAAGAGCUCGAUCGUGUCGUUGGCCGCAGCCGCGCUCGUAAAUUGAGAGACAAGGCUAUUUUGCCCUAUCGUCGGGCCAUUGUCAAAGAAGUAGAGCGGUGUCAUAAUCCAUUUUGGCUUGGUAUUCUACAUGCGGUGAGCAAAGAUCUCAUAUGCAACGAUAAGCUCAUUCCGGCGGGAUCGGUCUUACUACUGAACACACGGAACAUGCACCACGAUCCAGCAAGAUGGUCUGGAACACUACCGGACAAGCGCCGGAUCUAG